AUGCAAUAUUUUGCAGUCGAAUUUGAAAAUUUGAAAAAAAGAGGUAGAGUGAGCGAGAAAGGCGGGCAAGCUUCUUUGUGUCCCUUUAAAGAUGACCAAGGCAUCCUGCGAGUUGGCGGGCGUUUACAUAAGGCCGAAUUAACUCAAGAUAUGAAACACCCGAUUCUUGUACCUCGAGAGUCCCAUUUAGCCCAAUUAAUUAUAACAGAAGCUCAUGCAAAAACAAUGCAUGGUGGCCCAUUGCUCAUGAUAAAUUACAUUCGGACAAAAUAUUGGAUCGUUAAUAUAAAGACAUUAGUAAAAGCCUACAUUCGAAACUGUAUUACUUGUUUACGUCACUCAGUAAGAUCUAAUCAACCCUUUAUGGGUAAUCUGCCGAAAAGUAGAGUUACACCCAGUAAGCCAUUUUUUCAGAGUGGAGUGGAUUAUGCUGGCCCCGUAUUAAUAAGGGUUUCAAAAGGGAGAGGUCAUCAUGCGUCCAAAGGCUAUAUCUGUCUAUUUGUAUGCAUGGCAACAAGAGCUAUUCACCUUGAGGCUGUUAGUGACUUAUCCGCUGAAGGAUUUUUAGCAACUUUUAAACGUUUUGUUGCAAGAAGAGGUCACUGUGCCGAUUUAUGGAGCGAUAAUGGCACAAACUUCGUGGGUGCCGCAAAAGAGCUCAAGAAAUUAUUGAAUGUUGAGCGUUCUACUGUAGCCGUAGAAAUUGCUGAGUGGCUAGCGACUAAUGGCACUAACUGGCACAACAUUCCUCCGUAUGCUCCAAAUUUCGGUGGAUUGUGGGAGGCUGGUAUAAAGUCCACCAAAUUUCACCUCAAGCGAGUAAUUGGUAAUUCCACAUUAACGUAUGAGGAAAUCACAACUGUACUGACUCAAAUUGAAGCCUAUUUCAAUUCAAGACCGAUAUCGCAAAUCAGUGACAGCAUACAGGAUCCUUACCCACUGACCCCCGGUCACUUUUUAUUGGGUGAAUCUUUAUUACUGGUUCCCGAUGCUAAUUAUGAGAAUUCCAAUGUAAGUAGCUUAAGGCGAUGGCAAUUCACACAAAGAUUGGUCCAAAAUUUUUGGCGACGUUGGUCGAAUGAGUAUCUUACUCAAUUUUUGCAACGCCACAAAUGGAGAAACAGUGUUUGUGAACCAAAAAUAGGUGAUGUAGUUUUAGUCAAAGAAGCCAAUCUUCCACCUGCAAGAUGGCUGCAUGGUAUAAUAACUGAGAAACAUUCAGGUACUGAUGGUGUUACGCGAGUAGUUAGUUUGCGUUGUGGGAAUAGUCAAAUCAAAAGACCUGUCUCAAAAUUGUGUUUACUGCCUGUGACUAAAUAA